CAUAUCUAAGCGUUAUAAUCAAAAUUAAUUUAUAAAUAGAAUAUUCUAUUCCAUUGUAAAAUAAUUUAAGAACAAUUCAUUCUGUACAUUAAAGAUUGAUCAUUCAAUAACUUGGAUAUAUGUAAUAUUGAUUAAAAAAAAUUAUGGUACUUAGAUUUGGUCCAGAUAAUCCUCCAAUUGUUAUUGACAAUGGAACAGGAUUGUUGAAAGUUGGCUAUUCUGGUGAAAUGGAACCACGUGCAGUUGUUCCUAUGAUCCUUGGUCGACCUAAACACAUGAAACUGCUUGUUGAUCGGAAUUCCGAUGAAUGUUUUGUCGGUGAUAUAGCAGAUGGUAAACGAGGCGCAUUAACUUUAUCCUACCCAAUAAUGAAUGGUGUCGUACAAAAUUGGGAUGAUUUAGAAACUAUCUGGCAACAUGUUUUCACGAAUGAACUACGUAUUCUUCCGGAAAAUCAUCCUAUGCUUUUGACUGAAACACCAUUGAAUCCGAAAGCAAAUCGUGAAAAAAUGGCAGAAAUUAUGUUUGAACAAUUUCAUGCACCGGCUAUUUACAUUUCAAUUCAAGCUGUUCUCUCACUUUAUGCUUCAGGUCGUACAACUGGUUUAGUGUUAGACUGCGGAGAAGGCGUUACACAUUUGGUUCCUGUAUUUGAUGCAUAUGUUAUUCCAACAGCGAUACAUCGAAGAAAUUUAGCAGGACGUGCUAUAACCAACUAUCUGAAACAUUUACUUACUGAAAGAGGUUAUAAAUUGAUUACAACAUGUGAACAUGAAAUUGCUCGUGAUGUCAAAGAAAAUGUUUGUUAUGUUGCUAUGGAUUACAGAAAAGAAUUACAAUUCAGUCAAGAAGACAAAAAGUCAUAUGAAAUGACAUAUCGCUUACCUGAUGGUCAGUUGUUAAAUAUCGGUAAUGAAAGAUUUCGUGCACCUGAAUUAAUGUUUGAUCCAAAGUUGGCUGGUUACGAAAUGAAUGGUAUUCACACUGCUACAAAUGAAACUAUACUAGCUUGUGGUAUGGAUGUUAGAAAAAGCUUCUGGUCAAAUAUCAUUCUCACUGGUGGAUGUACAAUGUUUCGUGGUUUCCCUGAACGACUGCAUAAAGAAUUGCAUCGUUUAGCCCCGAAAGGUGCCACAGUAAAAGUGAUGGCAUCUCCUGAACGAAAAUAUUCAGUCUGGAUAGGUGGUGCUGUACUAGCUUCCUUAAGUACUUUCAAUGAAAUGUGGGUUACCCGAGAAGAAUAUCAAGAAUUCGGUUCGGAAAUUAUACAUCAGAAAUGUGUUUAAUUACAUGGAAAUACUGUGAUAUUUGUAUAAUUCAGGAAACUAGUAGAUAACAGUAACUAAAAGUAGUUUAUUUCAGUUAUUGCUUAUACAAUUGUAUAAUAUUACGUUUCUGAAUAAGAUUUGAUUGACACGAACUGCAGCGAAUUUCUACACUUCUAAAAACAAUUAAUGCGGAGACAAAAUUCCACAACCCAGGGAAACAAUACUUUACUUUAUAAAUGUUUAUUACUCAUAAAUAGUUAUUAUGUUUAUAUACCUAAUGUACGUCCGAUGUAAUUUAGUGUAAUUUUAUGUAUACAUUUUCAAAUGUUAUUUGAUACUUUACUUAUGAAAGCGU